GCACAAAGCCUGAAUUCCCAAUGAUUCAUAAAUAUGCAAAUAAGCCCGAAAAAUUUACAUUUUCAUUGCAAAAAUUUGAAAUUUCUCCUAAAUUCUCAUUUUAGGUUAUCCCGCCUGUUUUUUUUCCCUCUAGAUACGCGCACCUUGCGCACCUGCCAAUGAGCUUUGCUAUUUUAGGUACACACAGAGAGAUUAAUUAUAUUAUCUCGUAUUGGCUUUCAAGCGAUAGCAUAGCUCAAUCUCCAUCGCAGAAGAUGUAUUGAGUUGUUGUUGUGCCACAAAAAGUCGACCUUUCUCACUCACUUUCAGCCAGCUCACGCUUGUCAAUUUUUUCGUGUUGAUUUCACUGAAAUUUCUGCUCCAGAAAUGGCCUCAAAAUAUAAGUUUUAUUCCAAUUUAAUGUCCCAGCCGUGUCGUUCCUUGCAAAUUGUUAUGAAUUUGGCAAAAAUUCCCUUUGAAACUGUUACAAUAGCAUUGGGUGAUCACGCCAAGGAUUCCUUUGCCAAAGAGGUCAAUAGUCUCUGCACAAUACCCUGCAUCAAUGAUGGGGGCUUCAAACUAGCCGAGAGUAUUGCCAUUCUGAGGUAUUUGGCAACCAAGAGUAGCCUCAUUAUACGAUGGUACCCAACGGGGGCACGAAUGAGGGCACGAGUUGAUGAAUACUUGGAGUGGCAUCACCUCAACAUCAGAGCUCCCUGCACGGGGUACUUCCGCAAAAGUUGGCUCGAGCCUCGCAACACGAAGCAACCACCAAAUCAGACGACCCUCGAUAGCCUCAUGAGUCAAGUCAAUCGCUCCCUGGAUUUCCUUGAGAACGUCUGGCUAGCCGAAGGGGAUUUUCUCAUUGGCAGUGAUGUCUCCGUGGCAGAUAUUUGGGCUAUUUGUGAAAUUGAGCAGCUCUUUUUAACACCUCUAGACCCCACAGAAGGACGCCCUAAACUUAAGGCAUGGAUGGAGAGGGUACGAAGGGACACUAAUCCCUUCUACGAUGAAGCCCACUACACUUUAUGGAGUGUUCGUGAUAAAUCCGGCCAGAGAUCACAGCUUUAAGAUUUAUUUUUCUUUAUUAAAUCUACUACAAAAGGGGGUACUCAUAAAACAUUCCAAGGGAUAUUUUAAUACAGGACCAAUUACUAUAAAAGUUAUCCUAAAUUUGUUAUUUUCUUUUUCAAGGAAAAUUGUUAAAUGUUUGCAAAUAAAAUAUUAUUAAAUUGUGAAGAA